UGUGAACCAGCUACGCCUCGCUGCCCGCAUUAUCUGAUCAGCCUUAUGUCUCUUUAUCACCGACCGGCCCGAACCAACGCACCGGAUCCCAUUGUCCUCACCACCAACAUUGAAAUCGUCGGCUCGUCAUAACUACGAGCCCACGCAUCACCUCUUCCCGGGCCGUCAACUAAGACUCACCCGUUCAACCGGUUACCAGCAAGUAGCCGCUCGGAUUUCAGGAUGCCCAGGCGCCAGUUCGCGCUUUGGGCGGCUUUAGUAGCUGCCGUACAUACGGCCGCAUCCGUGGUGCCGAUUCACGAGCUGUUCGCGCGACAAUCAACUUGCGCCCCGAACUUCGACCAGUGCAAAAACGCCGAUUUUCCCGAUUAUUUCUGCUGCAAGUCCGGUGACACCUGCAUUGCGCUCGCCGGGAACACGACGGUCCUCUGCUGCCCAGAAGGUGCGGACUGCUUGAGGAUUCAGCCAGUUCCCUGCAACGUCGCGCUGCAAGAUGGCGAGAAGAACCCCGACGCCGUCGUCAAAACGACCGCUCUAGGAGGGACUCUGGUGCGCUGCGGCAGACAAUGUUGCCCAUUUGGGUACUCGUGCAGAGACGGCGAGUGCGCCAGGGACCGGAACCAAAACGCGGUCCCUUUUCAAACCAAGACGGUGAAACCGGGCCCUACCAGUACGGGCGAUGCCGAAGCGAGCUCGACGGGCGGCGCCAGUCCGACGGGGGAUGCUACAGAUUCCGCUGAAGAUCCGAACGCAACGGGCAACUCGGACGGCGCAGACGGUUCAAGCAGCGGCCCACCCGUAGCCGCCAUUGCUGGUGGUGUGACAGCCGGGGCCGUCGUGCUCAUUGGCGCCGCCGUUUUCGCCUUUAUCUUUCUCAGGAAGAAGAAGAAGAAGGAAGAGGCGAGCGGAUCCGGAAGCCCCCCCAAACUAUCACGAUCAACCUCAUCUUUCGGAAACCUGAUCAGCAACCCCAUCAUGGCGGAUAACAGUUUCCGCAGCGACUUUGCCCGGGGCCCAGGCCCACGCACCCCGCCUGAGGAUCCGGACUCGGUAACAGGGGCUCUCAUCGCCUCGGCAGCAAACACUCCGGAGACCGGGGGAAUGCUGGCCGUCCCGCCGGCUGCGGCGCCGGGGCCGGGGGCUCAGAUCGCCCCCGCGUACGGCGGGUACGGCAAUCUCGAAGAACCGCAAUAUGUCGACAUGCCUUAUGUCAACCACGAUAACGGGCUCAUGCCGCAAACGCCCCGACAGUACCGCGAGCCCAGCUCGGUGAGCAUAAACGUAUUUGCCGACCCGAACAUCACACCAGACCGGACGCCGGAGAGCAACGCCGACCGGCGGUAUACCGACAUGACCACCUUCACCCAGAUGCUAGAUACUGCCGACCUGGGCGGCAUGGCGAACGGCGAGGGGUAUUUGGCGUACAACCCGAACGGUGGGCAGGUUCCACCGAUGCCGAGGAGGUGAUAGGAUGUGUUUGUUAGGGCACGGCGAGGGUUGGGAGAAGG